CACCCUUUAAUCCCAUUCGUUACAGAGACCCUUGGAUUCCUCCCGGCAAUACUGCCGUCUGUUUCCCCGCUAUUCCGAGUUCGGUAGGGAGGAUAGAAGAAAACCCUAAACCUAGAAACCUUCCAUCCAUGGCAUCGCGGAAGAAAGAGGCCGAGGGAAUUGCUUUGUUGUCUGUGUACAGCGACGAAGACGACGAGGAAAUGGAAGAACCUGACGAACAGGGAGACGGAGAAGCAGAGAUGCGACGGCGGCAGCAACAACAACAACAACAGCAAUUAGAAGGCAGCGAUGAUAGGGAAUCGAAUUACAUGGAAGAAGAUUCGGCGAACGACGCGAUGGUUACUGAUGAGUACGGCAAUGGAGCUACCCCGCCGGCAGGCGAACAUAAUGCAUCUCCGAAGGAGGUGGCGCUGCAGCAGGUUCAGGUUUCGUUCUCUUCGUCUUCCCGGCAGCAGUUGCAGGAAGGACGAGCGGUUAGUUCGAAGAGAAGUGGGAGGGGGAGGCUUACGAUAGUAGACUAUGGGCAUGAUGAAGUUGCAAUGUCUCCUGAGCCCGAAGACGGUGAAAUUGUGUUGUGUUAGGGUCAAUUUUGGUGUCUGUUCGAAAAUUCAGAACGCUGAAAUGUGGAUGCAUACAAAAUCUCUAGCAGCUCUACUGUCACACAAGUCUUUCCGCAAUGAUGCAGGUAGAGAAGAGAUGAUUCCAGGGCCAAGUCAGCCAUUUGGAUCCGAGGCUUCACAGCUAACUGAUCACUCGGAAGCACCUCAGUCAGAUAAUAUGAACAAUAGCUCCGAUGAAUUGGAAGCUGUCAAGGUUGAGGACUCUACUGGACUUACUGAGGGCAAGGCGGAUCGGUUGGAUAAAUUUCUACCGCCACCACCUAAAGAGAAGUGCCCAUCAGAGUUGCAAAAUCGAAUAACAAAGUUCAUCACUUUGAAGAAAAUUGGCAGAAGCUUCAAUGCAGAGGUCCGUAAUAGAAAGGAUUAUAGGAACCCUGACUUCUUGCUGGAUGCUGUUAGAUAUCAGGAUAUUGACCAGAUAGGAACUUGCUUCAGUAAAGAUGUAUUUGACCCCCAUGGAUAUGAUAAAAGCGACUUCUAUGAUGAAAUAGCAUUUCAUGUAUUUGUCAAGCAGAGGUUGAUUUGAGGCGAGAUAAAGAAAGGAGGGAGCAGGAAUUGAAGAAGAGCCCAAAGGUUGAAUUUGCACCAGGAGGAACUCAACCAGGAAUUGUGGUGCCUCCUUCAAGAUUCAGCAUGGCUAUUCCAGUUGCUGCCAGUGGAUUGCCACCAGCACCAGAACCAGUUUCACGAAAUGGUAGGCAAAACAAGAAGUCAAAAUGGGAUAAGGUGGAUGGUGAUGGAAGGAAUUCUCUCUCAGGUGGUGGGCAAGAUUCUUUAGCUACAGCAGCUGCUGCUCAUGCCGUGUCUUCUGCUAAUGCUGGUUCUGGUCCUUCUGGAUAUCCAGCUUUUGUUCAGCAGAAACGGCGGGAGGCAGAAGAGAGAAGAUCCGGGGAGCGGAAGAACGACCGAAGGUCAUGAUUAUUUUCCGGUGAAGUAUGUGGUUCAAGUAUAUGCAUAUACACAGUGGCUUGAGUUGGUGGGAAAUAAGAAUUUCACUGAACUGCAAAGCCGGAAAGCAUACUUGAAAAUGUAACAUGUCUCUUGUCAAGGGAUGCAACGGAUCAGGACUAAUAUUACUCUACUCAUAUUCUGGAAAAAUUCCCAAAAUACACUAGUUCUUAAAAACAAUUCUCAAAAUACAUUAGUUAUGAAAAUAAUUCUCAAAGUACGUAU